AACUCCUGCCUAACCUCUUCAUCUGACAUGUGGGCAGAACUUCAGAUAUAUAUGCUGCCUCUACUAUAUUUCCUAUGGAACUCUUUUCGUCUAUAUAGAUCCUCCGAUAUUCAGAUAUUUAUAUAUCAGAUCCUGUCCGUUUCAAGAUAGCAAGAUUUGUUCUCUGUUCUUGCUAUUUUUGUUGUUCGUCCUGAAGAAGCCUCACGGCGAAACACGUAGACUCACAUGGGACCAAAUCUAUACUUUGUAAUAUCUUGUAUGGUUUUAAUUGUUGAACACUAUAUUAAUCAACUUGUAAACUCUAUCUAAUAUUUAUUUUUGUGUUUUGCUUAUUCUAUUGUGUUCUUGCCUAUAAAGUCUAACCAUUGGUUAACCCUUCUGAGUAUUCACUUAUGUUUUUCACAAAAGAUAAAGAGCCUAAUCCACAAAUACGACAAAAGAUUUCAAGCGGUCAUUGAUGUUAAAGGGGGCAAUACACAGUAUUAAGAACUGGGAUCAGCCUUUGGACUCCACAAUCAUGAGGAAAUUAUUCAAAAAAAUCACCCUUUUCAUGGCAAUAGCAGCUAUGACCUUUCUGAGCAGGUAUGCCCUAAAACAGAAAAGCUUUUACAUCAUGAAUAUCCUAAUAUGGAAUAGCUUACAUCCAAGAACACACUAUGAUCCUGAAAUCUCCCGUCUGAUAGAAAGUGUACCCUCUGCUACUUUCUCUGCAAAAACUGUUCUAAGACAAGGAAAUGGAAUCUUAUUUAUGGAGACCACAGACAGAAUGGAACCACCACCUCUGGUCUUAUGUGCUAUAGAGUCAGCGGCUCGAGUCUACCCUGACAGACCAGUGGUCUUCUUCAUGAAAGGACUGGGGGAUAUCAUGACAGAGGAAGAUGAGAAAAGAACAAGAAAACGUUUUCCAGUUCUCUCCUCUUUUCACAAUAUCUACUUCUUCCCGCUCAAACUGAAUAAGUUAUUUAAUAACACGCCUCUUAUGGAAUGGUUCGAAGAGGUGAACCCAAAGAAGGAACGCUACUGGACUCAUGUUAGCUCAGAUGCCUGUAGGUUUGCUAUGAUGUGGAAAUACGGUGGCAUUUAUAUGGAUUCCGAUAUCAUAUCAAUACGUCCAAUCCCCCAUGAUCAUUUUCUAGCAGCUGAACAUUCCAAAUCCACCAGCAGCAGUGUAUAUGGCCUCUCCCCAUUUCACAACUUGACUUGGCUUUUUAUGGAGGACUUUGCUCAGAACUACAGGGGAGAUCUAUGGGGACACCAAGGACCAAAAUUGUUUACACGUAUUGUGGUAAAAUUGUGUGGUAUGCCAGAAUUUACCACUAUAGAUGAUCUGAUGUGUGUAAAUUUACCCUAUUUACACCCUCGUCGCUUCUAUCCCCUUUCUUAUGAAUCGUGGAAAAAGUAUUUUGAAGUUUGGGAGAAUUUUCCAACAUUUGAUAACUCCUAUGCCUUGCAUCUAUGGAAUUACAUGAAUAAUGAGGGUAAAACUAUGGUACCCGGGAGUAACACACUGGCGGAGCAACUUUUCCAAAAACAAUGCCCUAAUACCUAUAACUAUAUUUUGAAAAAUAAUCUUUAACCAGAUCUACUGAAUCCCUCAUAUGGCUAAAAGCAGAUCAAUAGUGAAAAACUAAAAUAUGCUUUUACUUCUCCCAGGCAAAUGGUAUUUAUUUUCAUUUUGCAACCUGGUUGUCCUGCUGGCAAAAGCUCUGAAAAGGCCGAUAUCUUCAUCUCUUUGAUGGCACUGAAUCUAAGCCCCUGAAAAUGUAGGUUACUGGUUGUCUCCAUGUAGCAACAUCCGUACAAUAUGAGAGAUGAAAUAAGAUUGUACAGUACAGAAUGAUGUUACAAGAGACUGGGGCAAAUUUGAAAGCUUUGUAGGAAGUCAACUGAAUUGGCCAGAAGUUACAGACUUUCUGUUUUAGUACUUGCAUUGGGCUGCAUGAUGGACUUGACAUGAUGACCUAUUAGGCUAGGUUCACAUCUUUGUGUUUGCGGUACAUGCAUUGUUUUAUGCGUUUUUGGGGCAUGUUUUUCACACAUUUUUUAUGUGUUUUCAUGCUUUCCCUCUUUUUUUUGGUAGGAGGAGACUGGUUGUUAGCUACAAAACCCUACCAAAAAUGCAUCAACAAAGCAUUUACAUGCAAUUCAAUUGGUUCAAUUAAGGUCUAUCGAACCAAAAAUGCAUCUUUCUGCGUGUAAAAAAGUCCCUCCACUACUACAGGAAACUGCAAAGAUGUGAACGGGACCCACAGGAAAAAUUGUUAAAUGAAUUGUAGUGCGUUUCUGAAGAUCUACAAAUUCACUAAACACAUAGAUAUGAA